UAGUUCCAGUUUUUUUAGGUGGCAGCCGCUGCGAACAACUUCAAUCUAUUUUUAUUCUCGUAUUAUAUAUUAUAUGUUAAAGCUUUCAGUUUGGUUUCUCGUUCUCCUCGAAACUCGGUGACUCACUUGCCAUCCCAUUGACCCACGAACCAUGCUUCCCACAGGUGGUGCAAAAUAGUGAGACAAACUGAAACAGAGGUCUUUCGGCUGUUAGUUUUUGUAGAAGCAACUUUAAUCAUGCUUUGACUCUAGUCUAAACAUGGCUCAACUGUAUAUGCAAGUUAAUCUGAUGCAAUUUCCGAUUGGGAAAACAGACAUCGAAUUGACACUUAAUCUGAAGUUCUCAUUACUUUCCUAAAUGGAGCUCAAUGAAGAUCCUGGGCCAAUUGAUAAUUAUGUACUCUAUGAUCAAGAUAAUCAUGUUUCUUCAGCAGUUUGGGAUGGACAGGAGCGUGGUGUGCUUAGAUGCCAUGAACACACUACGAUGCUUGAUCAAUGGAAGCUCACACCUAAACAGAUUAAGUUAGUUGAGAAGGCUGGUUUUGGUUACCUACGAUUACUUCCUGCUAUUAGUCUUGACAAUGCACUGAUAGCGGCUUUGGUUGAGCGGUGGAGGAGAGAAACAAAUACCUUUCACCUAACUGUUGGAGAAUUGACAAUAACCCUUGAAGAUGUAGCAUUAUUACUUGGAUUGGCUAUUGAUGGAGAACCUGUGAUAGGUCCAAUAAGUGCACCAAGUUCAGUUUGUGAAAAAUUACUAGGGAGAGUACCAGAGGACCUGAAUGGUGGAAUGGUGAAGCUUACUUGGCUCAAAGAGUUCUUUUCUGAUUGUCCUGAAGAUGCUUCACCAGAAGAAACUGUGCGCUGUACUCGCGCUUACCUUCUAUACCUAGUAGGCAGUACAAUAUUUUCUACAACAACUGGGAACAAAGUCCCUGUUAUGUACCUUUCUUUGUUUGAAAACUUUGACAAGGCUGGGAAGUUUGCUUGGGGUGCAGGAGCAUUGGCAUUUUUAUAUAGAGCACUUGGCAAUGCCUCCCUUAAAUCUCAAAGCACCAUUAGUGGCUGUUUAACUCUAGUACAGUGUUGGUGUUAUUCUCGCCUCAAUGUUGGACUGCCAAAAUUUAAUCAAGAACCUGAUAAUAAUUGCUUUCCCUUUGUGCUUAAAUGGAAAGGGAAAAGUGGUUCGAGGACGAAAUGUAAUGUAGUGUCCUACAGAAAGGCAUUGGACUCUCUUAAUCCUUGUGAUGUACAGUGGCUUCCUUACAAGGAUAUGGACUGUACAACCAUACCAGAAGAUAUUAAAACUAGUCUGAUUUUACGGGAAUCUAGGACUAUGCUAUUGUGUUUUGACAAGGCAGAAAGGCACCUUCCAGAUCGUUGCUUAAGGCAAUUCGGCAUGCAUCAAACCAUCCCAAAAGAUGUGGAAAGGUGGGAGAGGAAGAGCCGUAUAGUGGAUCAUGGGGUAGACUUGAUGGGGAAAAUGGAGUUGGCUCUCAAAGAAUGGUCAGAGCGUUGGCUUCAUAUUGUUGAGGGUGGUGAUAUUGCAGAUGAAAAUGAGUACAUGCAGUGGUACCAGAAGAUUACUCGGAAAUAUAUUGGGAGAGUGACAUCAUCUCUGGAGUCAGAGUAUCAGAGAACAGUUACUGCUAUGAGGGAAAUUGCUAACAUUGCAGAUAUAGUCUCAACAGAAGGGUUGGAUUCUAAUAAUAGAGAUUUACUUGAUGAAGUGAAAAAUAUUGUGCAUAAAUGUUUGACAGAGCAACUUGAAGAAAUACCAAAGGAGAAAGUGAGAAAGAAGGGUAGUCGGAAACGUAGGCCAAAGGACCACCUGAGUAUGGAGUAUGAAUAGCACCAGAUUAUAGCAGUGACUGAAGCUGAUUCUGACUUUAGCCCACAGAUAUUUAUGACUUAAGGUUGGUAAAGGACGUAAGGUAUAUAUAAUCGAACGGUGAACAACACUAUAAGAACAUAUCCUAUAGAAGAGGAUGGCAUAUUUAUUAACGAUUAAAAAAAAAAUUUGAGGCAUUUGGAAGCAGAUAGUUAGUAAGUCAUUGCUGUAAAGCUCCAUUUGAUCUUUUAGUUCUAGGCAUUUAUCGGAUGUUUUCUUUAUUCCUUUCUUUGUUCUUGAUUUAUG